CUGGGCCUUUCAAUAAUAAAGCUUGAGAGGGCAGCCCUAAUAGCAGUAGAGCAAUUCAUCACUCCCGCUUCCAACACUGGCCUUCGAUUUUUCAUCUUCAAACCCUAGCUAGGUAGCUCAGUUCUUCACGUUCGAGACCACAAUGAAGCUCGUCAGGUUUUUGAUGAAGCUGAACAAUGAGACCGUCUCAAUUGAACUCAAGAACGGAACUGUUGUUCAUGGAACCAUCACAGGUGUUGAUAUCAGUAUGAAUACUCAUCUGAAAACAGUGAAACUAACAGUGAAAGGGAAAAACCCAGUAACUUUGGAUCAUCUCAGCGUGAGGGGCAACAACAUUCGCUAUUACAUCCUUCCUGACAGCUUGAAUCUUGAGACUUUGCUGGUUGAGGAGACACCUAGGGUCAAACCUAAGAAGCCAACAGCUGGGAGGGCUUUGGGUGGUCGAGGCAGGGGCCGUGGACGUGGUCGUGGGCGCGGACGUGGGCGCUAAUUGUGUUGUGCUUGCUUUAAUUUUUACAGCGUCUGGUUAUGUAAACACCUAUGUUGUAGCAAGUAUUCGUCGGUAAAGUUAGGGACAUUAAGAGAAUGUUACUGCUUUUAUUUAACUGUUUUUGCCUUGUGGAGGCUAAUUGCAGGAUAUGAGCUUGUCUAUCGGUAACCUUUUCCAAAUUUAACCAGAAGAUCAAAGUAAUGAGCUUAUGCUAUAUUACUCUUCUGUA